AUGGGUAAUCUGCCAAAAAGUAGAGUUACACCCAGUAAGUCAUUUUUUCAGAGUGGAGUGGAUUAUGCUGGCCCCGUAUCAAUAAGGGUUUCAAAAGGGAGAGGUCAUCAUGCGUCCAAAGGCUAUAUCUGUCUAUUUGUAUGCAUGGCAACAAGAGCUAAUUACCUUGAGGCUGUUAGUGACUUAUCCGCUGAAGGAUUUUUAGCAGCUUUUAAACGUUUUGUUGCAAGAAGAGGUCACAGUGCCGAUUUAUGGAGCGAUAAUGGCACAAACUUCGUGGGUGCCGCAAAAGAGCUCAAGAAAUUAUUGAAUGUUGAGCGUUCUACUGUAGCCGUAGAAAUUGCUGAGUGGCUAGCGACUAAUGGCACUAACUGGCACAACAUUCCUCCGUAUGCUCCAAAUUUCGGUGGAUUGUGGGAGGCUGGUAUAAAGUCCACCAAAUUUCACCUCAAGCAAGUAAUUGGUAAUUCCACAUUAACGUAUGAGGAAAUCACAACUGUACUGACUCAAAUUGAAGCCUGUCUCAAUUCAAGACCGAUAUCGCAAAUCAGUGACAGCAUACAGGAUCCUUACCCACUGACCCCCGGUCACUUUUUAUUGGGUGAAUCUUUAUUACUGGUUCCCGAUGCUAAUUAUGAGAAUUCCAAUGUAAGUAGCUUAAGGCGAUGGCAAUUCACACAAAGAUUGGUACAAAAUUUUUGGCGACGUUGGUCGAAUGAGUAUCUUACUCAAUUUUUGCAACGCCACAAAUGGAGAAACAGUGUUUGUGAACCAAAAAUAGGUGAUGUAGUUUUAGUCAAAGAAGCCAAUCUUCCACCUGCAAGAUGGCUGCAUGGUAUAAUAACUGAGAAACAUACAGGUACUGAUGGUGUUACGCGAGUAGUUAGUUUGCGUUGUGGGAAUAGUCAUAUCAAAAGACCUGUCUCAAAAUUGUGCCUACUGCCUGUGACUUAA